UCUCUCUCUUCUCUCUCUCUCUCUCUCUCCAUUUUUUCCCCUCUUAUUUCUUCCCCAUCGUUUCUUCUUCCUUUUUCUUUCUCUCUUUCUCUUUCUCUUUCUACCUCCGUUCUUUCCCCUCUCUUAUUUCUUCCCCAAAUAUCUUAGAACCCUAGCCCCCAAAUUCACGGCAACAAGAAAAGCUCGUCGGCGGCGACGAGUUGGAUCGGUUCAUACCAAACAGAUCGGCAAUGGAUUUCGACUAUGCACAUUACAUGCUUACAGAUGGGAAGAAAGGUAAGGAAAAUCCAGCUGUGGGCUCUUCUCCAUCCAGAAAGGCAUACAGGAAGCAGCUUGCGGAAACUUUUAACAUGAACAGGACCCGGAUUUUGGCUUUCAAGAAUAAGCCACCGACCCCAGUGGAGGCCAUUCCAAAUGAGUUCUCAUCAGCUGCUCAUCAAGUCAAAUCUGCCAAACCCCGUCGGCACAUCCCCCAGAGCUUGAGUCUGAGUAUUUGCAGUAAUUACUGGAGUUUCAGGGUCAGCAGUACUCCAAGAGCUUGUAUCUCCCAGGAGAGACUUCAAGUAGCACAAGGGGAGAAGCAAGAACAGAAGGGACAGAGUGGAAUUUUAGAAUUUGAAACCGACAAUAUUAUCAGGAAUGACAAUCAGAAGGUCAAGUUCUGCAGAUCACCUCCUUUGGUUAGUGCAUUAAAAGCGUCAGCUGAAGAAGAUGCAGCCAGUUUUCACUUCCCAGGACAUAACAGAGGACAAGCUGCUCCGUCAUCCUUAACACAGCUGAUUGGUGAAAGACCAUUUCUGCAUGACUUACCAGAACUUCCGGAGCUUGACAAUCUCUUUGCUCCCGAGGGACCUAUUUUAGAAGCACAAAAACAGGCAGCGGAACUUUUUGGAGCAUCAGAGACAUGGUUUCUUGUUGGGGGCAGUACAUGUGGAGUCCAGGCAGCAAUAAUGGCAACUUGUUUGCCUGGAGAUACUCUCAUUCUUCCACGAAAUUCUCAUAUCUCUGCAGUAUCUGCCAUGGUAUUAUCUGGUGCAGCACCCAAGUAUAUCUUUCCGGAGUAUGACCCUAGAUGGGACAUUGCCGCAGGGAUCACUCCUUCACAGGUAGCGGAAGCAAUCAAGGAACUAGAGAUGGAAGGUCGUAAACCAGCUGCGGUUUUGGUCAUUUCACCUAGUUAUCAUGGUAUAUGUAGUGAUAUCAAUGGAAUUUCAAAACUGUGUCACAAUAAUAAGAUCCCCGUAAUUGUCGAUGAGGCUCAUGGGGCUCACUUUGGCUUCCACCCGCGGUUGCCGAGCUCAGCUCUUGCUCAAGGGGCUGAUCUUGUCGUGCAAUCGACCCACAAAGUGCUAUGCUCUCUCACACAGUCAUCAAUGCUGCAUGUCUCUGGUAAUAUUGUAGACAGGGAGAGGAUUUGCAGAUGCCUUCAAACACUUCAAAGCAGUAGCCCGAGUUAUUUGUUGUUGGCAUCAUUGGAUGCUGCUAGAGCCCAACUAAGUGAUAACCAUGGAACUAUUUUCAACAAAGCAAUUGACUUAGCUGUGGAAGCAAAAAGUGUGAUUGAUAAAAUUCCUGGAAUCACACUCAUUGGCGUUCCGAACUUUCCCAAGUUUCCUGCUUUUGAUCCUUUGCGAGUAACUGUUGGUGUGUUGCACCUUGGUAUUUCAGGCUUUGAAGCUGAUAACAUCUUAUACAGGGAUUUCGGUGUAGUUUCCGAACUUGUUGGAACUCAAUCUAUUACAUUUGCAUUUAACCUUGGCACAAAGAGAGAGCAUGUUUUAAGACUUAUCUCAGGAUUGAAUUAUCUCUCAGCAACUUUAAUGCCCACUGAUGGCUCAGUAAUUAAAUCGGUUGAUGUCGCGAAUUUACCUGUCUUUGAUGAUAUCAACAUGGUUUUGAGUCCUAGAGAUGCCUUUUUUGCACAUAAAAGAAAAGUGAGCAUCGAUGAAAGUCUUGGUGAAAUAUGUGGAGAGCUUAUAUGUCCUUAUCCACCAGGGAUUCCAGUGCUGAUACCGGGUGAAGCUAUCACUGAACAAGCACUGCAAUACCUGUUGCAUGUUAAAAGCAAGGGUGCCACUAUCAGCGGAGCUGCCGAUCGUUUCCUCUCGUCUCUUGUUGUAUGUGAUGUCUAAUAAAUUUUUACACCUAAGAAUGAAGAAACAUUCUUGUGGAAGGAUGUAAAUUCUGAAGAAAUGUUGAUUGUUCAGGACUUGGAGUUACUAGCUUGCGAUGUGGAUUGAUGAAGCUUAAUUCAGUCAUAUGUACAGCAAUUAGCCAAGUGUAGAUUCUGUGCUAGAUAGAAUGUAAUGAAACUUAUACUGGAAGCAAGAUAGGGCUAAGAGUUAGUUGUUUUUUGUAAGGUAUAAUGUUCCUGAAUAUAUUUUUCUGAAUCUAAAUUGUGACCACUGGAACAAAAGCAGUAAAAUGCUUUGGUUCUGAGAUAAGAAACGUUUGAUCUUCAUAGUUGUUCCAUGCAGACGCUUCUUGUUGUAGUAGUUGACGUGCUCUUUCAAAGUAGUUGCACUGUAUCUUGA